AUGGUUCUCCAAAACGACAUCGAUCUGCUGAAUCCUCCUGCUGAGCUGGAGAAGAGAAAGCACAAGCUCAAGCGUCUCGUUCAGUCUCCUAACUCUUUCUUCAUGGACGUCAAAACCACUCUGUUCAGUCACUCUCAAACAGUUGUGGUGUGUGGAAAUUGUCAGACGGUUCUGUGCCAGCCCACUGGUGGUAAAGCUAGGCUCACUGAGGGAUGCUCUUUCAGGAAAAAGUGA